GUAGCCGGUUGCUCUGUUUUGGUUUUGUCGCGGCGGGAAAGCUCACAUAAGAACGAAGUAAACAAAUUACAUGGUGAGACAUUUGAAAGCAUGGCGUCCACAAAGCAGGAUGCGGCCAUAUCUGACAUCUCCCCAGUUCUGUUCCUGACGGUGGACGGUGAACCCAUGUCCUUCUUCCUGAGACCGGGUCCUGUUAAAUGCAAGCUCCAGCCGCUCAUUGCAGCUGGAGGAGGGAUCCUGAGCAAUGUGCAGCGGCCAGGGGCCAUUCUGCUCAUUGACCCCGAAGAAAACGUCUCUAUUCCUGAAACUACUGCUCACUGUUACGUGUCCACCCAGUACAUUCACGACUGUAUUGAGAAGGAGGAACAGCUGAAUUUAGAGGACUACAGGUUAAACCCUGAAGUUGCCCCGAGACAGUCUCCUAGACUCAACAGGACCUCUCGUCGUCUCUCAGGAGGCAGGAUUGCCUACACAGCUGAAGAUGAUGCAGCCAUUUCGAGUUAUGUCAGCAAGCACCAGAAAGAGGUUGGGGGGAACCGGCUUUGGCAAGAGAUGGAGAAGCAGAAUGUGACCAAACACAGCUGGCAGUCAAUGAAAUACCGCUAUAAAGUGUGCCUGGCAAAUAAACAACCAGAGGUUUUGGAGGUGAAAGCAGAGGAAGCCACAAAAUCAGUAGAGGGUGAUUUGAAGAUAGAUGCCCAGCCCAUACCAGCUGAAGACACACAACCAGAAUCUCCAAAAUCCAUCUCUCCCGAAAAAGAAGUCCAACUUGCGAAUCCACAAUCUGAUGAGCAACCAGCUGAAAGCACACUAGUAGAGACGGUAGAAGCUGAAACUAACCCCCCCCAACCCGAGGGACCUUGUUUAGACCCACACACAGAUGAUCAGCCCAUCCAAGCUGAGAGCACGGAAACAAUCAUCUCUCCUGAGAAAGAAAUGUUGCCAGAGGACUCUCCUCCAGCUCAGCCCGAGUCCCUGCCAGGCACCCCUCUUCAGAUAAAGCCUAAAGAGAAACAGAAGGCCUCCCCAAAGCCCCAACAACCUCAGAGACGACCAACACGCUGGCAUCUUGUGCUGGAGGGGUCGCCUGAACCAUAUGGUAAAAAACUCAGAUCAGCAAUUCCUUCAAGACGAUGUGGAUCAUCCCCGCAGCUCUCGGAGAAAAGUAAAUCUCCCACUAAGUCUGCUCCUAAGAAAGACAAAAUGGUGGAGCAGCCGCCUUCAAAGAAAGCCAGAGGAAGCAGUGUGGCAGCGGCGCCAGAGGAACCGCAGGAGGAGAGCGCACAAGCUCCUGUUUCUGAAACAGCACCAACAGAUGCAGAGUCUAAUUCAGUGCCACAGGAAGUGGAGAAGAAAAAAGAAAAGAGAAAGUUGGGGAUUUUAGAGUUGGCUAUAAAGGAGUUUGAAGAUGAAAGUGAGUCGGAUGAGGAUGUAGCUCCAGACCUCCAAAACCCAUCCGAAACACCAACGAUACAACCCCCAGCGACAGAACCUCCCCCCCCCACUGCAGACACAGCCUCCACACUGCCCGACCUUGAGCAUGGAGCCGACCUCCAGGAGAACACGCCAGACCCCCAGGCCUCCAGCAGCAACUGCCCCCCAGAGACCGGCUGCCCUGAACCUGCAGCAGCUGAGGGGGUCCGCUCCUCCUCCAAAGCCCACCUGUUCAUAUUCGACAGUGAAACUCAGGAGGAGGAAGACUCUCAGUCUGUCAUCGGUCCCAGCAGAGAAGCUCCAUCCCGACCAGAGGCAGCGGUGAACAAAGAUGCUGCCUUUUCCCUGACUCAGGUCCAGCUGGAGGAGGACAAACAGCGAAUCAAAAAGCUGAUGAAGCAGACCGGCCAGGACUUGAUCAGUGUGACCAAAGCCCUGUUGAGGACCAGCGGGGACGUCUCUGCUGCUCUGGAGCACCUUUUGAACCCCUCUUCCGCAUUGGGACCCCUGUGGUGUCGCAGUGACGACGGUCUCUUGCUCUCAGAUGAUCCCGGGGUCCGACAGAAGCUGCAGGAGAAAUACAGCGAGCAGGGCGUGGCCAAAAGAGUCGUGUUCCUCGAGGUAGAGGGGUGACAGUGCUGGAAGGAACUCUUGUGGUGGCAGAUAAAUACAAAAAUCUGUUAUAAGUAAGCAUUUUCCAAAAAGCACAAGUUAAGAUAAUAAAAGGAAUGUUUGAAUUAUUUCAUUUAGUAAGGGUCCUGGUAUUGUGCAUGCAUCACUCACAAAAAAACUCAGCAAAGAACCAUUGUGUUAUCAGUAACACCUGCCGAUAAGAUGUCUGUAAAGAGUUGCUGAACUGACUUUACUACAUUAAUGACUGCAGCCAAGUUCUUGAACUUUUCACACACUCGUCACAAUUAUCAGGAAUUCCAAGCAAAAUGAAAAGGACAGGUUAGAGGACUUUCUGUUUAUCUUCGCUGAACUACAUUGUAGUAAUUUGAUUACGGAUAACUGUACAUCCUUGAAUUUUCUACUGAUGAACAAUAAAACCAUACUGUCUAGAUUCAUAUGCACUUUUUCACAGAGCAUUCAAGUAUACUAUAAUGGCACGGAAACCUCUUUAAUCUUUUUGAAUGAGUGAAAAGAAUUAAGAAAAAAACACAGCCUUGAUUUUUCUUUUCCAAACCACAAUUUUAUUUCAUUUUCCCCCAAAAAACAAUUGAGUACAUUCAUAAUUCUGAAACAAUCUGCCCCAAACCCACAUGAAAACAUUUUAUGAAUAGUUUAAACAAAAAUAAUGAGAAAUAAAACUAUUAAAUUAAAGCAGACAAAUCAACCAUGAACCAAACAGGAUGCUUCCUGUAAUGCAAAUGAAACACAAAGACCAGAAUCCAUACAGAUCAGUAGAGUUUACCCUAAUAUGGCCACAAGUAUUGCUGCACCUUGAAUCUCCCGUUUAUGAAAUAAAAGAUCUCAGAAAAAUAAUGACUUAUAACAGCAAACAGGUAUGCCAUGAACAUAUACAACUGUUAGUUGAAACAACCGUUAACACAACCGUGUAUUCCUAGCGCACGCUGAUAAAAACCAAUUGCAUAAAAAAACAUUUUAAAUAUGAAACAUUCACUCGGACCUAAGUCACAUACAUCUAGGCCGCACACUGUAAGUCGGUCAGGUAAGAACACAUUUAGUAAAGCAACCCAUACCAAGGUCUCCAAAUCACAGCACACCAUAUAUCCCUGGAUUUAAACAGCUACAUGGUUUUUGCUCAGCUUUUACAUGUGAGGUCUUUAGAAGAUGCCUCCAAUCAAGCUACAUUCAUUAAGGAGGGUUGCUACAAUUAUGUCGACUGCAUGUCGUUUGAAUGUGACCUGAUCUGAGAGAAGUAAAUGGAGACGAUGCACUUAAUGCAAGACUUGUUGCAAGAAGUUUGAAAACACACGUGUGGUGGUAUGCAUGGACAAACACUGAGAUUUUCCAGAGUUAGUAGGAUUUAUAGCUGGAUUUAUGUCUCUGUCCUUUCACUGUACACUUUGCUUUGGUUGGCUGGUUAAUGUGAUGGUGAUGUGAGCUCCUUUAACGAGCAAGAGCGAACUGUGUUGCUGUUUCUGGAAGACAGUCAUUGAAUCAAUACAUAUGCCUUUGAUGUUGAUAAAAAGAACAGUAGCGAUAACAGAAUGGCUCUUUGUUAUUUAUCAGGCUGGUUUUACAUCAACUCAUAAGAGGAUAUGAAGGAUCUCCAUGAGUGAGACACUUCCUCACUCUUGUCUUAUGUAGUUAGUUUUUUAUUAUGGGUGAUCUGAUAUGGUCAAUAAUUGACAGAAUCGUCUGUUUAAUAAUCUUGCUAAAUCAAUCAAAGCAGAGUAUGGUGACAAUAACACACUUUUUGGUUAACAGAAUAAUUAGAAAAAACAGUGAAAAAUAUGUCACAAAUAUUAUUAUUAUUGAUUAGGCUUGACGCAAAGUCUGCAUUGCAGCUAUUACGUUAAAAAAAGAAAGUUUAAAAAAAAAAAAGACUCAUAGCUCCCUUUCUCCACACAAACAUG